UUCUGGCUGGAUUCCGUCAGUUGUCGCUUGGCUAAAUCGGCGUACAGAGAUUACGGACUACGGACAACGGAACACGGAAUACGGAGAAAUGCAGCUUACCGGUGCCUCUAUGUUCCUCGCGUGGAUGGGUCUACUCAGCUGGGCUUCCUGCAGAGUGGACGCCUCCGAAGGAUUUCCAUCGCCGCUGAAACGCUGCAAGCUUCAGGAUGAGGCGUGCUUGGUGGCGCAAGCGCAGACCUUCUUCCAGGCCUUCAAGAAUGGCAUUCCGGAGCGGCAGGUGGCUGCGCUGGAGCCCAUUGCGCUGGGCACGUUGCUAAUCGAGAGCGGCGGCCACUCGGACUCGCUGAAGUUCAAGCUGACCUUGAGCGAUGCCAAGCUCUACAAUCUGGCCAACUCGAUGAUGGUCAAGAGCCUGAAGGGCUUCACCAAGGACCUAACCAGGCCGCUCAAGCUGACCCUGCUCUUGGACAAUCCGGAACUGGAGUUGCGGGCCAAGUACGACGUAGACGGCAAGCUGCUCAUCCUGCCCAUUGUCAGCAAGGGCGACCUGACCAUUCGGAUGAACGAUGUGCUAACAAAGGUUCGGAUUACCGCCGAGCCAGUGAAGCGCUCCGAUGGCCACACCUACCUCAACAUCACCGACUACAAGACGGCCACCAAGAUCAAGGGUGGCCACUUUGACCUGUCGAACCUGUUCAACGACAACAAGGAGCUGCGCGACAGCACGCUGAAGGUGCUGAACCAGGAGUGGAACACCCUGGCCCUCGAUGUCCAGCCGAAGAUCAACGAGGCCUGCUCCUGGGCCUUCAGGGUCAUCGUGCAGAGUCUGUGGGCCAACAUUCCCUACGACGAGUUCUUCGAAGAGGAAUGAACGCAUCGAAGUCGAACUACUUGCCACUCUAGCUAAUUACUGAUUAAACUAACUAACUAUUUAGCUGCACUCAAUCCAUAUCCGAUUGAAACAACUAGGCCAGGUGUGGGCGUUGGCUUUUCGAUAUUUAUUGUACAAUAAAUAACUAAAAAAGA